ACCCUCCUGCAACCGCACUCCGCGGGGCCUCUGCCGGAGUACAAGACGGCCAGCAUCCAGAAGUCGCGCUUCAUCUUGACGCACUACGGGAUGCUCAAGACCUGCUGGGACCUGGUCAUCCUGCUGGCCACCUUCUACGUCGCCGUCACCGUCCCCUACAACGCGGCUUUCCUCGUCAGCGAGACCCAGCAGGACAAGCCGACGAUCGUGCCCGACGUGGUGGUGGAGGCGCUGUUCUUCGUCGACAUCAUACUCAACUUCCGCACCACCUUCGUCAACAAGAAGGGCGAGGUGGUGCUGAGUCCCUGCAUGAUCGCGACCCAUUACGUCAAAGGCUGGUUCGUGUUGGACCUCGUCGCUGCCAUGCCCUUCGACGUCCUCCUGGCGGCCGACGUCUACAGUGCUCAAACCGCAAACAUCCACCUCCUGAAGCUGACCCGCCUGCUGCGCCUGGCCCGCCUCCUGCAGAAGCUGGACCGCUACUACCAGUACUCGGCUCUCAUCCUUACCUUCCUCAUGCUCUCGUUCACCCUCGUCGCCCAUUGGCUGGCGUGCGUGUGGUACGCGAUCGCCGAGAAGGAGAUGGAGGUCCAUGAGGAGAAUAUCGGCUGGAUCAACGAGCUGGCCCACCGCCUCGGCCGGAACAACGUCACGACGCUGGAGAAGUACGUGACGGCGCUGUACUUCACCUGCUCCUCCCUCACGUCCGUCGGCUUCGGGAACGUCUCGGCGAAUACCAACUACGAGAAGAUUUUCAGUAUCAUCACGAUGCUCAUUGGAGCCCUCAUGCACGCCACCGUCUUCGGAAACGUGACCUCGAUCAUCCAGCGCAUGUACCUCCGCCGCUCCCUGUACCAGACGAAGUGGAGAGACCUCAAGGACUUCCUCUCCAUCAACCAGAUCCCCAAGGAGCUCCGCCAGAGGAUGCAGGACUACUUCCAGACCAUGUGGAGUCUUAAUCAGGGCAUCGACAUCCAUGAGACCCUGAAGGAAUUCCCCGAGGAGCUUCGCGGCGACAUCUCGAUGCACAUCCACCGCGAAAUACUGUCUCUGCCGAUCUUCGAGACGGCGAGCCACGGCUGCCUCAAGUUGCUCAGCCUGCACAUUCGCAACAACUUCUGCGCCCCCGGGGAGUACCUGGUGCACAGGGGCGACGCCUUGCAGUACAUCUACUACCUGUGCAACGGCUCCAUGGAGGUCGUUAUGGAUGACAUGGUGGUCGCCAUCUUGGGCAAAGGUGACCUGGUGGGCAGUGACGUCGAUGUCCACCUGAGCUCCGGGCCGGACACGCCGGUGAAGUCAUCGUGUGACGUCAAAGCCCUGACCUACUGUGACCUCAAAUCAAUCUACAUCGCGGGUCUCCUGGACGUCCUCAAGUUGUACCUCGAGUAUCAGCAGCAGUUCGCCAACGACAUCAACCGCCACUUACAACCUCGGGGGGGUUACAAACAACAGGACAUGGAGAUCGAGUCCGGCAAGAACCUCCUGCCGUCGAUCAGCGAGGACGACGAGGAGCGAGGCAGCGAGGACGAGGACAAGUCUCCGUUGACGUCGCGAGCAUAUUGCUUACUUGUACUACUGUUUGCAAAUGAAGAACCAGAUGAAAUGGGUGUCUGA